CUGUUCACUCAAGCUCGCCACAGGCUCCAGGAAGCAGACGUGUCCAAUUUCAGUUACGAACAGCAGCAGUGGAAACAUGGGCGAAAAAACACACAAGGACUCACCUGAAAACCCGUUUGAGCCUUUUAUUGAAUCUCUCCGUCAGCAAGUUGAAGACCAAGACCCAGUAAUUCUGAUCGGAGUAAUCGUAGCUUUAGCGGUGGUUGUCAUCACCUGCGUUUUCCUGAAGUAUUUUCUAACCAGUAAAACAGUCCAGAGUGCCAUUCUGUUGGUCGGAUUAUGUGACUCUGGGAAAACCCUCCUGUUUAUUAGGCUGCUGUCAGGGAAGUUCAAGCGGACACAGACAUCCAUCACUGACAGUAGUGCGCCAUACAGAGCUAAAAAUGAAAGGAGCAGCUCCUGGACACUGAUUGACCUGCCAGGACACGAUAGUCUCCGGUUUCAGUACCUGGAGAAGUUCAAGUCUUCAGCCAGAGCCAUUGUGUUUGUUGUAGACAGUGCCAUCUUCCAGAAGGAAGUGAGGGACGUGGCAGAGUUUCUGUACAUGCUGUUGACGGACACCGUGAUCUCCAGAAACGCCCCGACUCUUCUGGUGGCGUGCAACAAACAAGACAUCACCAUGGCCAAAUCAGCUAAACUGAUUCAACAUCAACUGGAAAAGGAGCUAAACACCUUGCGAGUGACUCGCUCGGCAGCCCUGAGUGCUCAAGACGGCUCUGUGGGCGGCAGCGUGUAUCUUGGGAAAAAAGGCAAGGACUUUGAGUUCAGCCAACUGCCCAUGAGGGUGGAGUUCCUGGAGUGCAGCGCCCGGAGCAGCAGCAAAGGUGAAGAGGGGGAAGCGGACAUCGAGAGCCUGGAGAAGAGCCUGGCUAAGCUAUAAAAUCAGCAGCGAGACACAAUCGGCGUACAACUUCAACAGGAGUGACGGGUCACCCUGCCCGACGUAAAGACAUUUGUCCUCGUGUAAAAGUAAUCAGAUUUACUUAAAGCUUGUCUGAGCUGUGAAACACUGAAAAUAGAUGAGCACGAGCAGCAUUUCAGUCUUUGUUAUUCAUAUAAAAUGUUAAGUUUGCAGAAUAAGUGUUCUUGUUUGAAAGUGUUAUAUAUGAAUACAGUGAAUUUAAGAACAUAAGUUUAUUGCGCUUAAGUUUGAAUCAAACUUCUUUAUUAAAUAAAAAAAAAAACAGAUGAGACAGGUUGAUUAACAUUUAAGCACAAAAAAUACGUUUUCUCCUCAAGCGUUUACGUUUCAACCAAGUUGUGUAUGUUUUAAGCAACGUGUCUCCCUCAAGACAGAUGUGGGUUUUUUGUUAGAAUAGCUGUGUUCAAAUAUCUUCUAGAGCAGCUUUCUUUGAGCUUUUGUUUUCUGACAUCUGGUGUGGAUUCAGAAGUUUUGUCACUCUAUAAAAAGAGCUGCAAACUUCAGUUAAACAUUAAAAACAUGUUUCUCCAGUCA